AUGUCAUUUCCAGCCGCAUUUGUUAGGAUUGCCGGAGAUGGAACUUCCGACAUGGUUGAUCAAGCUGUAUCAAUGGCAUUUGGUGAGUCAAGAGGAAAUAAUUACGUUCGUAUUCAAGGGGGUGGAAUAGUAACGAGUAACAAAGAAAAUAGAAACAUGUUGAUGAUUGCAGAGGAAUUGUUGGCACAAAAAAACGUGGAAUCUGUAUUGUUUUCUGGAAAGAAGCUGGUUGAGAAAACAAAUAUUGAAAAACUGGAAAUGAUAUGUGGAGAAUUAAUGAAAGAAGACGAAAGAAGAAAAAAGAGCAUAGUACCAACAGUGGUGUUCCUCGCGUGCCUGACCGAAGUUGCUCCAUAUAGUCUGGAGCUAAAACGCCUCCAAAGCCAGAGAGGAAGGGUUCGAGUUCACAAACUUCCUGGCUAG